GUCACCGCCUUGUGUUGAUACUGUGCACUAACCAAGCGAGCGGCUGAUACAACCAGUACUGAAGGAGCUCGCACGUUUAUAUUUAUUGUUCGGAUAAGUAUUUUGUACCCUUUUUAUUUUAGUCAUGACGGAAAUAUUUUCUACUCUCUUCGGUCAAAGUGAGGCUCAGGGCCCUCCAGGCCCGGCCGCUUUGGGCUUCGGGCCGGGAAAACCACCGCCUCCACAUCCGCAGACUCAAGCUCCAGUGCCGCCUCAAAUCCUACCACAGCCCGGGGAUGAAGGGCCUGCAGCUCGAAAGCCGGGAGUCAUGAACGAGCCUUUUUAUUUAUUGCGAGAACUGCCUGCUGGAAACGAUUUAACAGGAAACACAAACUUGAUAACGCACUACAAUCUGGAACAUGCUUACAAUAAAUUCUGCGGCAAGAAGGUGAAGGAGAAGCUGAGCAACUUCCUACCAGAAUUACCAGGUAUGAUAGAUUGCCCAGGUGUUCAGGAUGGUAGUUCUCUUCGCUCUCUAAUAGAGAAGCCUCCAGUCUGUGGAAACUCCUUUAGCCCCCUGACUGGAGCGCUACUGACUGGCUUCAGACUACACACUGGACCGCUUCCAGAGCAGUACAGACUCAUGCACAUUCAGCCUCCAAAGAAGAAGAGCAAACAUAAACACAGACAUCAUCGACCUCAGGAUCCCAUACCUCCAGAGACACCAUCAGACAUUGACCCCAAGAAGAAGAAGAAAAAGAGGGACGAUGACCCUGAGCGCAAGAAGAAAAAGAAAGACAAGAAGAAGAAAAAGAAUCGACACAGCCCUGAUCAUCCUGGUAUUACUGGUUCUCAACCCAACAGCAACAGCCUGAGAUAGAGAGAGACAGUAUUGUGUGUGUGUGUGUGUGUGUGUGUAUGUGUGUGUGUGGGCGCGCAUGUGCUUUGUGGCUGAUAUUGAUUGAAUCUGGUUGUUACAGAUCAGUUCAUUUCCACCUCUAUUUUCUCUUCAUCAUUCAGAAUGACUCAAAUAAAUUUUGUUAUUUGUUAUUAAA